AUGCGCUACCUUAUGGGUCACCUGCGCGGGGCCGUCAGCGUCCCGUUCAAGAAACUCCAGGGGCUGGAUGGGCAACUGGGUUCGCCCGAGCAGCUUGCCGCCGUCUUUGGCGAAGCCGGCCUUGGGGACGACGUUACGCCCAUCCUCUACGACCACCAGGACGGGCGCAACGCCGCCAUGGCGGCUUGGGUGCUGGAGUACCUGGGGCGCAGUGAUGUCCACAUCAUGGAACUGCGUUACGAGGCGUGGAAAGAGCGUGGUCGAGAGGUCCUGUAUCGACCGGUGCCCACCAGCGCAGCCAGGUUCACGGUCAGGCUCAACGCUGGCAUCCGCGCCACAUUGGAUGACGUGGCCGGCCGGGGAUCCGCCAGCCUGGUGGACGCCCGCACGCCCGAGGAGUUCCGCGGCGAGGUGGAGAUGGACCAUCGCCCCGGUCAUAUCCCCGGCGCAGUAAGCCUGCCCCAUGCCGACCUCGCGGGUGCGAACGGCAACCUGUAUUGCGGUCAGGACACCGUGCGGGAACGGCUGGUCGCCGCCGGCAUCGCGGAAGGCGAACCGGUCAUAGCCUACUGCCGCAGCGGAAUCCGCGCCGCCGUAACGUGGCUGGCUCUCGACCAGGCAGGGCACACGGUGAGCCUCUACGACGGAUCCUAUGCCGAAUGGAUGGAUAGCGACCAACCGGUAGAAGCAUAA